AUGGAUUCUCAACCAACCCCUCUGGCGAUGCAAGGGGCCAUCAUCGAAGCCAAUAUCGCCUCCCAGGAAGGCGAGUCACCUCUCUCCGACAGCGAUAUCGACUCUGACACGAUCGCCGAGAUACUGUGUCUGCCCAAGACACACCGUCGUGUAGGCAAACGUGGAAAUCGACCUGCUCCGGGCGCCUCCCGCCGUGCCCUGCCCGGGGUCGCUGGUGGAUGUCAAAACCCAACCUUAACGAUACCACGGGGAGUUUAUAACGAGAAGCUCUUCACCCACGCCCGCGAGAACGGAUUUACCUUCCAGGAGCUGGACGGCACGCGAACGAUCAAGUGUGAUGAGUUUUGCCGCCUCCUGGUGCACUCUCAGAAGCAGGCCGCAGGACUGUUCACCGGCGUGCCCAACACAAAUCGGAUCUACCGUGCGAACAGGGACAACCCUGAGCGCUGUCAGCUUGCGCUAGAGGCGGCGAUCGUGAAGCGAGAGAUGCUGAGAGAAGUCUGUACCCUGGAACGUAGGGCGCUUCGCAAGGUGGUGUUUGGCCUAAGGGAUGCGUAUCAGUCGGACAGCGACGAGGAUUUCUAUGGAUUCAACCGGCUGCAUGCUCGCCCUCGACCCGUACCCAGCAGGACUCCCUGA